CCAUGGAGUGCCCACACUCACACAGAAUUAACACUGCUCAUCCAUGGAGUGCCCACACUCACACAGAAGUAACACCGCUCAUCCAUGGAGUGCCCACGCUCCCACAGAAGUAACACCGCUCAUCCGUGUAGUGCCCACGCUCCCACAGAAGUAACACCGCUCAUCCGUGUAGUGCCCACACUAGUACAGAAGUAACAUCGCUCAUCAAUGGAGUGCCCACAUUCGCACAGAAGGAACACUGCUCGUCAAUGGAGUGCCCACAUUCGCGCAGAAGUAACAUUGCUCAUCAAUUAGCUUGUUAUUAUCUUGGCCAUAGUAGGCCCAAAGCCCCAUAGAUUCUGAUAAGGGAGAUGCUGACUUGGGAAAGUAGAGAUGAGCCCAUCUGGGGCCUGUUACUGUUCUUGUGGCUUAGGAAAAGCUCUACUUUGAGUAUAGAUGUAAGGUGAGAUCCUUGCUUCUGUUUGCCAGUCGGAUUUUACAAAGUUUUCCAAAUUGUAGAUUCACACAGCCAAAAGAUGUGAGACAGAUAAUGAUGAUAAGAUCAUCACCAUGUAUUUGCUGAGCACUUUCUUAAAGUACUAAAUACUGUGCUAAGGGCUUUACACUCUCUCAUUGAAUCUCUUUGAAUGCACAAUAAUGAGGUAGGUGCUGUAGUUACUCCCAUUUUACAGAUAAGGAAGCUGAAGCUUCAAGUGGUUACGUAAAUGGCCUGGGAUCACUGAGUACUAAAUAGCAGAGUGACUUCUCAAUUCAGAAGUGGCCUGCACCUUUUUGUUUUCUUUUUUUACAGAUAGAAAGUGGAUGACUGACACGUUAAGACUCGUCAGUAUCCUUCCUAUUCGUAGUCUACAUCUCUUUCUGCAUUAUACUCUCCGAAUUGUUUGUUCCUAUUCCUUUUGUCCAGUAUUUCUGGCCUCUAUACAUUCAGCUAAUGUGUCAAAUUAAUACAAAAGUUACUGCAUUCUUAGCCUACUAACAGGAUAAGGGUAAAAAAAAAAGAGAAAAGAAAAAUUUUUAAUUAUAAAAAUGAAAAGGUAUUGGGUUUUUAAGCUUUUAGACAGAAUGGGAUUUAGAUUUUUUAAAAAUAGAAUUACCACUUGAUUUGAAUUUUGAGUGAAGCAUUUUCUGUCAGACUCUUAUAAAAGAGACACUGUCUCCCAUGUACUAUUAAAAGUUGAACCUUGUGACUUCUGUCUAUGUUUUCUUUUAGAGAAGUUAGAGGGUGCAGUCUGUGACCUCAUGUAGAAAAUAGCCACCAAGCAUCUAUCCAGCAUCAUUUUUAGUUCUUUAAUUUUGGUAAGCCCACAUUUUCAGAAUAGAUUAAAUUUAUCUGAUUUAUUUCAGAACUAUAUAUUAUAAGGCAUUCAAAGACAAGUGAGAAUUCAAAUCUGUAGAGCAGAACUAGAGAGCUUUUACAGAGAGACCUUUCGGGAGAAGAUAUACUGGCAAGUUCUAGAAGGAUUCUACCAUUUUCUUCUUUAUCAUGAACGAAGUUGAAAAUUAAUGGGUAACAUUUUUGCAUGAAAACUGUUGAACAUUUUUUCUUCUUAUCUCUGAGUCCUUCUGUGGAGAAUUAAUAGGAGGUUGAAUUUGUGCAUGGAUAAAAUGGAUCAUCUUAAAAGAUUGAAGUUCCAAAAAUACAUCAGCAGGACUGGACAGGUUUGAUAUGAAAUUUCUAUUUUAGCUUGACUUCUAAAACUAUGAAUAAACUAUAAACUGAGCUAUACAAGGUUCUAGGAAGGAAGUUUCUCUUCUAAGAUAUUGUAGUUGCAUAUAACAUUUUUUUCUUCAGAUCUUUGAAAAAGUGUAUUUCGUCAUCAAGUUCCUAUGAAAUAAGACUAUCAAGCACUUGCCAAUUUUUAAUAUAUGAAGUAGGAUAGAAAGCAGCAAUCUAUAUCAUACUGGAAAACAAAUUUUAAUCAAAGAAACAGUCACCAGGAAGUAAGAAGAGUAAUCUCUAUAUAAGCACUGGCUGAGAUGGCAGAAGCUCCUGUGGAUGCCUCAACUCUGCCUGUAACAGUGAAGAAAAAGAAAAGCCUAUCCAUUGAGGAAAAGAUUGACAUCAUAAAUGCAGUGGAAAGUGGCAAGAAAAAAGCAGAGAUUGCUGCUGAAUAUGGAAUAAAGAAAAAUUCAUUGUCUUCUAUUAUGAAGAAUAAAGACAAAGUUCUAGAAGCCUUUGAAUCUCUAAGAUUUGAUCCAAAAAGAAAAAGACUGAGAACUGCUUUUUACACAGAUCUGGAAGAGGCAUUAAUGAGGUGGUAUCGAAUUGCUCAGUGUCUAAAUGUACCAGUUAAUGGUCCGAUGUUGCGUCUAAAAGCUAAUGAUUUUGCCCAGAAACUGGGCCAUAAUGAUUUUAAGUGCAGUAAUGGUUGGCUGGAUCGUUUUAAAUCCAGGUAUGGUUUAGUGUUUAGAGCUCAACCUGUAGAAGCUACAGGUGUAUCAGUAGACCCUUCGACUGUCUGGUACCAAAAUGUACUUCCUUAUUAUUUAAAUGAUUAUCAUCCUAAAAAUGUUUUUAAUAUAAAAGAGACUGGCCUGCUUUAUCGAAUGUUACCUACGAAUACAUUUGCAUUUAAAGGCGAAACAUGCUCAGUUGGAAAGUUAUGCAAAGACAGAAUAACUCUGAUGGUUGGCACCAACAUGGAUGGCUCAGAGAAACUUCCUUUGCUUGUCAUUGGAAAAAACAGAAGUCCACAUUGUUUCAAAGGUUUAAAAUCACUGCCUGUGUGUUAUGAAGCUAACAGAAUGGCAUGGAUGACCUCAGAUGUAUUUGAACAAUGGAUGCGAAAGCUUGAUGAGAAAUUUCAAGCCCAGCAACGAAGAGUGGUGAUUUUUGUUGAGUCCCUUCCAGCACAUCCAGAGGUAAAUAACCUAAAGUCCAUUGAGUUAGCUUUCUUUCCAUCAUGUUUAUCUUCCAAAUGUGUAGCUAUGAAACAAGGCAUUAUUAAAAGCCUUAAAAUCAAAUAUCGACAGUGUCUGAUCAAGAAAUUUUUAAGUUCUGUUGAAGGUAGCAAAGAAUUUACAUUUUCACUACUAGAUGCAGUUGAUACAUUGCAUCUUUGCUGGAGGGCUGUAACCCCAGAGACUAUUGUUAAAAGCUAUGAAGAGGCAGGAUUCAAAUCUCAAAAGGGAGAAGGUGACAUAACAAAUGCAGAAAAGGAUACCAGUCUGGAUUUGGUUGCCCAUGCUCUGGGGGCAGGAGUAGAAUUUCCUGAAGGUUUAUCUAUAGAAGAGUAUGCUGCCCUGGAUGACGAUUUGGAGACAUGUGAAACAGCGCCAGGUGGCGAUUCUGUACGCACCAAAGAAAGUAAAUCAGAUGAAACUGGAUUUUACACUUCUGAUGAAGAGGAUGAUGAUGGAUCUCCAGGAACUGAACUCCCUUUACCAUCAAAAUCUGAGGCAAUCACUGCUUUAGAUACUCUGAAAAAAUUUCUUAGAAGUCAAGAUAUUAAUGAUGGACUUCAAAAUUCUUUAGCAGACCUUGAAAAUUUCAUUAACUCUUUAUCACCUAAGUAACUAUGUAUUACAUAUGAAGGGUUAUAGCUUUUCCUGAUACAUUUUAUUAUAUAAGGUAUGUAAAGGAGUUAUACCACUUAAACAUAAACAUAAAAAAGUGAAAAACUAGUAAUCCUUGGCUUAAUUGCAAAAACCUUUGGUUUGAAUAGCAAAACUCCCUAGUAAAUAAGGAUUGAGUAAAAAUUACAAAUUUCUAUGUUACAAAGUUUUAGGGAGUAAAAAAUAUAUUUCAGAGGGCUGUCCUAGACACAUAUGGUCAAUAUGUCAAACAUGAAAGGAACUCUUCUGCUAUAUUUAUACAUUGAAUUAAUGAUUUCUAUUUUUUUGAGUUCAGAUUAUGUUCUAGAAUAUUUUAAUUUAUCUACCUAAUCUAAGAAACAAAAUAUCAAUAGUUUAGAUAUUUAUUUUUAUAAAGAUAUAUAUAUAUGCCAUAUGUAUUCUAACUAGACUUUUAAAUAUCAAAUAUAAAGUAAUUUAAAAUUAUUUUUCACAUAAGUAGCUGGCCUUUCUAAUAAGAAAUUAUGGAAAACUACUAGAAAUAAAAUCUGACCUAACUAUAUACCAAAAUGAUUAAAAAUAUGUGUUUUACUACUUUCAAGUUAUUUGUAUAUAAGGUCAAAUAAAAAGCUGGGACCCUAUCAGGUUUGUCAUCUAUAACCAGAAGAUAUGGAUUCUUCCCAAAUAUUUAUAUGUAUAUUUGUGUUUAAUAGAAAAAUAUAUUACUGAAACAUUUAUUAAACUCUCAUGGUAGAGUUUAAUAGUUGUACCUAGAUGUUUUUCUAAUUUUA